AUGCUUCCCUGGCCUCUUGUCUUCUCUGCCCUGAUUCUCCCAGUAUGGGGUGUUUUCUCCUGGGAAAAAACACAAACUAAACAGAUAUCAGAAGGGCUGCAGCAACUGCUUGGCAACAUCUCCCAGUUCCUGGAGAAAGGCAAACUGGGCCGUGAUGACAUCUUCGGCAUGGUCUCUCGAGAGGAAUGGGGGGCAGAAGCAAUUGGCUGCAGCUCUAAGCUGAGCAGGCCAGUGAAUGUCCUUGUCAUACACCAUGUCCCUGGACUAGAGUGCCACAACCAGACUGUCUGUAGUCGGAAGCUUCAGGAACUGCAGGCCUAUCACAUCCGCAACAGCUGGUGUGAUGUGGCUUACAAUUUCCUGGUUGGGGAUGAUGGCAGAGUCUAUGAAGGUGUUGGCUGGAAUGUCCAAGGCUCACACGACCAAGGCUACAACAACAUCUCCUUAGGCCUUGCCUUCUUUGGCGCCCAGGAAGGGCACAGUCCCAGCACUGUUGCUUUGUCAGCUAUGAAAGGCCUGAUCUCCUAUGCUGUGAAGAAGGGCCACUUGUCACCCACGUACAUCCAGCCACUUCUUGUGAGAAGUGAAAACUGUCUGGUCCCUCCACAGAAGAGGAGACAGAAGAAAGCUUGCCCCCACGUUGUUCCACGGUCUGCCUGGGGUGCAAGAGAGUCCCACUGCUCCAAGAUGACUCUCCCUGCAAAGUAUGUCAUCAUCCUUCACUCUGCUGGGAGAACCUGCAGCCAGUCCGAUGAGUGCCGCCUGCUGGUCAGAGAUCUCCAGUCCUGGUUCAUGGACAGGCUAAACGCAUGUGACAUUGGGUAUAACUUCCUCGUGGGCCAGGAUGGUGGUGUUUAUGAAGGGGUGGGCUGGAAUCACCAAGGAUCCCGCACUGAUGGGUACAAUGACAUUGCUUUGAGCAUCACCUUCAUGGGUGUCUUCACAGGCUCCUCGCCCAAUGCAGCUGCUCUGGAAGCAGCCCAGGACCUGAUCCAGUGUGCUGUGGACAAGGAGUACCUGAUCCCCAACUACCUGCUAAUGGGCCACAGUGAUGUGUCCAAUACUCUGUCCCCUGGACAGGCAUUGUACAACAUCAUCAAGACAUGGCCUCACUUCAAGCACUGA